AUGGGGGCCCUCCAUCCUGGGCUGGGGGGCGUGAGAGUCGGGGGGCUGCUGCUGGGCCUCUUGGGGCUGGUGUCGGGGCUUAGCCUGGAACCUGUCUACUGGAACUCGGCGAAUAAGAGGUUCCAGGCAGAGGGUGGCUAUGUGCUCUACCCCCAGAUUGGGGACCGACUGGACCUGCUAUGCCCUCGGGCCCGGCCCCCUGGCCCACACUCUUCCCCAGACUAUGAGUUCUACAAGUUGUACCUAGUUGGAGGAGCCCAGGGUCGGCGCUGUGAGGCACCCCCAUCCCCCAACUUGCUCUUGACCUGUGACCGGCCUGAUGUUGAUCUUCGAUUCACCAUCAAGUUCCAGGAGUACAGCCCCAACCUAUGGGGACAUGAAUUCCGUUCACACCAUGACUACUACAUCAUUGCCACAUCAGAUGGAACCCGAGAGGGCCUGGAGAGUCUGCAGGGUGGGGUCUGCCUGACCAGGGGGAUGAGGGUCCUUCUCCGUGUAGGACAAAGUCCACGGGGAGGGACAGCUCCUCGAAAACCUGUCUCUCAAAUGCCAAUAGAGAAGGACCGAGGCGCUGCACACCGCCUGGAUUCCAGCAAAGAGAAUAUGUCAGGUGAACCCUCCAGCAAUGCAACUUCCCGGGGUACAGAGGGCCCUCUUCCUCCCCCUAGCAUACCAGCAGUGGCUGGGGCAGCUGGGGGACUGGCCCUGCUUCUCCUGGGUGUGGCAGGGGCAGGGGGUGCCAUGUGUUGGCGAAGACGACGGGCCAAGCCUUCAGAGAGCCGACAUCCUGGGCCAGGCUCUCUGGGGAGGGGAGGAUCUGUGGGACUUGGGGGUGGGGGAGCAGGAGGAGUAGGUCACCGAGAUGCCGAACCUGGGGAGUUAGGGAUCCCUCUAAGGGGUAGUGGGGCUACAGAUCCCCCCUUCUGUCCUCACUAUGAGAAGGUGAGUGGUGACUAUGGACACCCUGUGUACAUCGUGCAAGAUGGACCGCCUCAGAGCCCUCCAAACAUCUACUACAAGGUGUGACGCUCUCCACACUACUUACAAAACCUGGGUUUCCCAGAGACAUCCUAGGGAUGCCCUGCAGUCUCAAUCAUGAUUUGAGGGAAUUCCUUCUUCUCCAGUACUUUCUCUUUGAACCCUGAUCUGCUGCCCCUUCUUUCUUCUGUCUCCCUAAGUUUCCAGGACCCCUUAAAAGACCCUCCCAUUAAAUUUCUGCUUCUGUCCGCCCCCCCCCCCCCCCCCCCUUAAACCAUUGCCUACCCUCCAGUUUCUGGUCCUGCGUUCUACCUGGCUACAGUGGAGAUCCAGGUAGAGACAGUAUCCUUCUCUGCCUUGGUAUCAUUACUGUUGGUGCUUGCCUCUCCCUUUUGGUGGGGGCAGAAUCUCAAGUCUCUGGCAUUGGAUGUCUGUCUCCUCUGUGUUGCAUAGUUAAUUUUCCUGUUAUCCUCUCUCUUCCUCUUUGUAUCUCUUUGUGCCUGUCUUUACUGUCCCUCUUUUCUAUCACUUUCUGUCUCACAUAUCCCAUUCUUUCUGUCCUUUCAACUUCUCAUUCUCUUCUCCCAUCUCCUGGGGAUGGGGCAAGGUCUUUGGUUGUGUUCCUCCUCCAUCCUUUAACCUCUUAGUCUGAGAGCUUCCCUACAGCUCUCCAAAGAUUUGGGGCCUUAAGGAGAAGGACCCAGUCUCCAGUCCAGCUUAGGGGUGGAUAGCAGAUUCUCCCUCCUUCCCCAAUGCCCACUCCCUCAAAUCCUCUAUUCCCUUCAGCCAUUUAGGACAACUGGGCAAAAUGGUGACUGCUUUUGGAGGAAGUGACCCAUUUUGCCUAAGAAGUGGCCAGGGCUGGGUGGGAAAUGACUGUUGCCAGAGCGAGAAAAAGAAUUGUCCUGGAAAGGAAGCAACAAAGCCUGGCACUACAUUGAAUGGGCCUCUGCUGGAACAGGCAAGAAAGGGACCUGCCUUGAUGGGCAUUGACAAGGCCUGAACAGAAAUGUUCCCUGAAUUGGCAGGAAGCAAUGCACUCGAAAUAGGAAGUGCCUUCAACCAGGAUGAGAAGGGACACUUCCAAUAUGGGAAGUGUGGCUGGAAUUGGAAGUGACACUAGCUGGGUGGGUGGGAGGUGGACAGUGUUUCCUCUUCGGAGGGAGGUGGGAUAAAGCCUCCUGAUUCAGGAGGAAACUGGAGUUGACUAAUAGGAGAAGGGGGUGGGGGAGGCAGGUGGGGACGUGGACUGGGAAAGGGAUCUUAGUGAUGGUUGGCACUGAGGGUGAUGUUAGUACCACCAUCCCAGAAUCUCCUUCACCUGAACUUCCUCCACCUACUUUGUUCGUGGCAACUAAAAUGAUGCCUGUCUACUGCUACCACAGACGAGUUUCAGCUUGUUCUCAUUCCUCCUUCAAAUUACCAACCAACAGGACUGCCCUCCCCUGCCCCAUGCCAACAUGGCUGCUUUGGCUCAUGGUACCCUCCAUUUUGCUACCCAGUCCCUCCCCAACCAACACAGUUUCUUCCUUAGCAACAGAAAUGGUGGCCGCCCAACUGGUUCAGCCCACAGCAGCCCUUAGCAACUGCAGAUGCUGUCAUAGUUACCAGCCUAGGCCUCAUCCUGUUCUCCAGUACAACUAUCUCAAUUGGGUGCUGCCUCAGUUUCUUCUCAGCUCACUCCCAGGAUGGACCUUGGCUAACAAGAUGCCGACUCUUGAUAAUAAUGAGGACUCCCCUAGUCACCAGCCAAGAUGGCUGCCCUGGCCAUUGGACACCAAGUCACCUCUCUGGUUCUGCAGCUCCCAGUUCCUUCCUGGUUUUUUUUUUUUUUUUAGUCCCUUCCCCAGGGAACAGGAAGUUGACAUUGCCAUGGAGGAGGCAGCAGGGUAUGGCUGUCACCUCAAUAGUUUUACUGUAAAAGGGAAAUUUGAACAACAAAAGUAAAA